AUGUCGGACUCGCCUCGCGAUAACCCUUCCGAUUCCGAAUCCACUCCAAGUUUGGAUCUAACUACAACACCAUGUGGAAUCUGCGGUCCGUCGACAUGCGACGAACAAAUGAUCGGUUGUGACGGCUGUUCGAAAUGGUUCCAUUCUCGUUGCGUAGGGGUGAAUGUGGAUUCGAUUCCUGAUAAAUGGUACUGCCAAAGUAAAGCCUGCCAGAAACAGGCCCAGGAGUACCUACAGAAGGUUAAGGAUCCCAAAGAGCAGGCUGGCGGUCAGAAGGUCGACGAACUGGACGAAACCGUUGGUUUCUCAAUCAAAAGCUCUUCUAGCGUGGAAAACAGAAUAAAAGCUCUGGAGGAAAAGCAAAAGCAACAAACUGAGGAGCUCGAUGCGGAGAUAUGGCUGCAACAAAAGGAAAGAAAGAUGCAGCGCGCAUUGAAAAGGAAAAAAAUGGAGAUGGAGAUGAGAAUGCGCGAAGAAGAAGAAGAAGAAGAAAGAGCAUUAAUGGAGGAGAUGUUGCAGCGGAAGACUUCUCAGGUUCAGCGAAUGAGGACAAACCGCCAGUCGUUCGAAACGCAGAUGGCGGAGCUUGACGAGCAGCUAAAAGCUUUGUUAGUCACAAAAGGUAAUUCAAAGGGAAACGGCAAUCUUCCACCAGAAAAUGAUUCUAUUCAAGACGACAAAAGUUCCAAAAACGAGGACGCUUCUUCGGAUCAUCAGAGUCAAUGCUCUAGUCGGAUGUCAGGAAUGACCAUAGAUACGAGUCCACGUGGGCUGGUGCCGUCACAAACCGGGCCCACGAAAGCCCAGAUGGCCGCGAGAAAGGGACUAACAUCCAAACUUCCCAAGUUCUCCGGUAAGCCAAGACAGUGGCCGUUGUUCUAUGCGUCGUAUAAAGCAUCUAAUGAAGCCUGUGGAUAUAUGCAGCAUGAAAACUUGGUUCGGUUGCAGGAAUGUCUGGAAGGGAAGGCUUUGGAGUUGGUCUCUGGCCAGCUAUUACUUCCGGAUACGGUCCCGAGAGUUAUAGAGAAGCUACGGAGACACUAUGGUCGUCCUGAACAACUACUUCAGGAGUUCUUGGAUCAAGUUGACGAGUUAGAACCACCAAAACCAGACAAUCUGCGAAGCUUCAUUCCAUUUGGAAACACGGUAGAACAGCUCUGCGAACAUCUGGAGGCCGCCGGACUACGUCAGCACCUCGUCAACCCAUUAUUGAUUAAAUCACUGGUUGCAAAGAUACCGGACCGAGAAAAACGUGAUUGGAUUCACUACCAACGCAUCCAUGCUGCAAGCGAGCCUACCCUUCGAACACUAACAGAUUUCUUGAUGGAAAUCGUCGACGAUGCCUGCGAUGUAGAUGUCGACAUAGAGCCGAGAGCAUUCCAGCGUAAAGGCAGUGUGCAACCGGCAAAUAGAAAGUCAAAGGAUAAGGGCGCUCUAUUCAGCCAUAGUGAAGCAGGAUGUUCAGUGUCAGGCUCAUUCAACCAGGCCAAACUGAAGCCGUGUAAAAUGUGUGGAAGAACGGAUCAUCGUCUAAGAUAUUGCGAGGAUUUCAGAAACAUCGAAUACGCCGAUCGACUACAACUAGUGACCAGGGAAAAACUCUGUAUCGUGUGUCUGAACGAACAUGGAGGUCAGUGCAAAUUUAAAAUCCGCUGUAACGUCGGUGAAUGUAGAGAACAUCACAAUCCGCUGAUGCAUCCGGCAGGGACUGUUGUUGGUAUGAGCGCGCAUAUCCAGUCAAAUUCGACAAUUCUGUUUCGCAUGGUACCAGUUCAAUUACAAUGGGGUGGUCAGUCAAUAAAGGUACUGGCAUUCCUGGACGAAGGAGCCUCCGUUACGUUGCUGGAGAAAAAAUUGGCUGACCGACUAGGUGUCGUCGGUGUAAAAGAACGGCUGUCAAUAAAAUGGACAGCCAACGUCGUACGAGAAGAGAAAGAGUCUAGACGAAUGAAUAUAUGGGCAUCAGGUGUUAGUGAUAGUGCAGGUAAUAAGUUAUUAUUACGCAAUGUCCGCACGGUGAAUAAGUUGUCGUUACCGCAUCAGAAAUUGGACUCUCAAAAGCUUAUCACUCAAUUCAAAUACAUGCAAGGAUUGCCAAUUGAUUCUUAUGAUGGACAGCCCGCGUUGCUUAUUGGAUUGAACAACAUCCACUCGUUUGCCCCAUUGGAAGCAAAAAUGGGUACUCCGGCAGACCCGAUUGCAGUAAAAUGUAACCUCGGAUGGACGGUCUAUGGGCCGAAGCAUUCCAUGCAAGCUCAAGUUGAAAAUUACCUCGGUUAUCACAAAGAGAUUACGAACGAAGAUCUACACGAACUGCUUAGGAGUCAUUACGCUCUCGAAGAAUCAGUAGUAAUUGUGCCGCAGGAAACGAAAGAAGAGCGUCGAGCGCGAGAAACACUCGAGCGAACUACAAAACGAGUCGGUGAGCGUUUCGAAACCGGAUUACUGUGGAAAACCGAUAAUCCUUUGUUCCCAGACAGUUAUCCCAUGGCGUUGAGACGAAUGAGGCAACUUGAGAAACGCUUGGACAAAAAUCCAUUGCUACGCGAAAACGUCAACAUGCAGAUCAACGACUACCAACUGAAAGGCUACGCACAUUUAGCUUCCUUUGAUGAAUUGGUUAACACCACAUCUGAGAAGAUCUGGUAUCUUCCACUUAACGUCGUACAAAAUCCGAAAAAACCGGAUAAGGUACGACUCGUAUGGGAUGCUGCAGCAACAGUGCAAGGGGUAUCACUAAAUUCUAAACUGCUCAAAGGGCCGGAUUUGCUUGUCCCUCUUGUAAAGGUUAUUAUAGGUUUCCGUGAACGACGAAUAGCCUUCGGUGGUGACUUGAAGGAGAUGUUCCACCAGCUGAAAAUUCGUACCGAAGACAAGCAAGCACAGCGUUUCAUCCACAGAAUGUCUUCAGAAGACCCUCCAAGCAUCUACGUAAUGGACGUAGCAACGUUUGGUGCGACUAGCUCUCCGUGUUCAGCUCAAUUUGUGAAAAACCGUAACGCCGAGAAUUUUGCUGGUCAGUAUCCAGAAGCAGCUGCGGCCAUCAUAAAUCGACAUUAUGUAGAUGACUACUUCGAUAGCGUCGAUACGAUCGAAGCAGCAGUGAAGUUGGCAGCGGAAGUUCGUUUAGUACACUCGAAAGGCGGUUUCGAGAUCCGGAACUGGAUAUCCAACUCCCCGGAAGUUCUUCGACAUUUGGGAGAAGCCAAGCCUGUUGCGCCGGUAUACUUCAACCGUGAUAAAGAAAACUUCAAGGAGCGGGUUCUCGGAGUUAUAUGGGAUCCAGAAACAGAUCUGUUUUCUUUCUCUACGCGGCAUCGUGUAGAAUUGUUGAGUUAUUUGUACGAAGAUAAGCGACCGACAAAACGGCUAGUCGCAAGCUGUGUAAUGGGAUUUUUUGACCCACUCGGACUACUGUCUCCAUUCACAAUUCAUGGCAAAAUUAUCAUCCAGUAUCUGUGGCGUUCAAAAUGUGAUUGGGAUCAAGAGAUCGAUUCUAAUUGCUGGAAUCUAUGGAAGCGCUGGACCAGUGUUUUACCCGAGGUGGAAGCAAUACGGAUUCCACGGUGCUAUAUCGGGGAAGCCAAAUCCGAUGAAAUAGAAACCUUGGAGGUUCACAUAUUCACUGACGCCAGCGACCUUGCGUACGGCUGUGUGGCGUAUUUGCGCGUUGUUAUACGAGGUGUUGUGCAGUGUACCCUUAUAAUGUCUCGGGCAAAGGUAGCGCCACUGAAACGCCAGUCAAUUCCCCGUUUGGAACUGAUGGGGGCUGUUUUAGGGGCUCGGCUUUCACAAACCAUUCUGAGCACACACUCCCAUAAGAUUGCUCGUACCUUCCUUUGGACCGAUUCCCGCACUGUAUGCAGCUGGCUUCAUUCGGAUCAACACAGAUACAAGCAGUUCGUGGCAUUCCGAGUGGGGGAAAUUUGGGAACUCACGAAUGUGAAAGACUGGCGGUGGAUCCCAACAAAACUUAACAUAGCAGAUUCGCUAACAAAAUGGGGACAAGGUCCGUUACUUCGAAGUGAUGGAGAGUGGUUCACGGGGCCCGCCUUUCUAUAUCUUCCACCGAACCAGUGGCCUUCGAAAGACACCACGUUUGACGAAACAGGUGAAGAAAUGAGAAGCGCUGUCCUAUUUCACGGAGUUGUCGAUGCCGAAGUGAUUUCUCGCUGGACAAGACUGUUAAGAGUGACAGCGAGCGUCAUUCGUUUCAUAAAUAAUUGUCGACGCAAACAAAAAGGUGAACCAAUAUUAACAUCACAGGCUACACCAAAACAACAUCAGAUAAUUGAUACGAUCGGUGCGAAGACUGCAGCGGUCUUAGAACCACUCAACAGAGAAGAACUACGGCAAGCUGAAAUCGUUCUAUGGCGACAGGUUCAAUGGGACAGUUUUCCUUGUGAAAUGAGUACACUCUCUAAAAACUUGGAACGGAAAUCGGAAGAGCCGUUAGCAGUUAUAAAAAAGGAUAGCCCUAUUUACAAAAGCUCGCCGGUUCUGGAUGAAGAAGGUGUGCUGAGGAUGGACGGCAGAACAGUAAAUGCGAACGAAGGUUCCUUUGACAAGAAGCACCCAAUAAUUCUAUCGCGUUUUCAUCAAAUCACACAGAAAUUGAUCCAGUACUAUCAUGAAGAAUUCGGACACGCGAACUCGGAGACGGUGUUUAAUGAAAUGCGACAGCGGUUUCAUAUUCCAAAGCUAAGAUCAACGAUUAAGAACGUGGUGAAGAAAUGUAUCUGGUGCCGGGUGAACAAAUGUCGUCCGCGAUCUCCUAGGAUGGCUCCGCUGCCAGUAGAGAGAGUAACCUCAUCUAUGCGACCAUUUAGUUCAGUUGGAAUCGACUAUCUAGGCCCGCUGGAAGUGGUGAUUGGUCGACGGAAAGAAAAACGUUGGGUGGCACUCUUUACUUGCAUGGCAGUACGCGCGGUGCACCUGGAGGUGGUACAUAGUCUAACCACCGAAUCUUGUCGAAUGGCCAUCAGUCGUUUCAGCAGCAGAUUUGGUAAGCCGGAUCAAAUCUUCUCGGAUAACGCUACCUGCUUCAGAGGAGCGAACAAUGAGAUCGUGAAGAUGCAAAAAAUAAACGGCGAGUGCGCAGAAAGUUUGGCCAGCCCUACAACAGUCUGGCACUUCAAUCCACCUGGUACACCCCACAUGGGGGGAAUCUGGGAGAGAAUGGUGCGAUCAGUAAAGGAUGCGAUGCGAACACUUGACGAUGGAUAUAAGUUGACAGACGAAAUCUUGACCACUACAUUAGCUAAAGUAGCGGACAUGAUUAACACGCGCCCGUUAACUUACUUACCGCAAGAUUCGGAUGAAACCGAGGCACUGACUCCAAACCACUUCUUGCGAGGAACGGUGACUGAUGCGGGCACGCAGUUUGAAGACGUGCCGUCAAAUUUAGCAGAAGCUUUGCGAAAACUCUACAAACGCUCACAGUUCCUCGCUGAACGAAUGUGGGAGCGAUGGCGCAAAGAAUAUCUGCCAACAAUAAACCAACGUUCAAAAUGGUUCGACGAGCAGAAACCGCUGGAAAUAGGCGACCUGGUGUUUGUAGUCGAUGGUAAGAAUCGGAAAGGAUGGAAACGGGGAAUCGUGGAGGCGGUAAUUCAAGGCGUAGAUGGACGAGUACGACAGGUGGACGUGAGAAAUGCGGAUGGAAGCGUUCAAAGGCGUGGCGUGGUUAAUCUGGCGGUGCUGGAGAUUUAG